UUCGCAGAACAGCUGAUUUGUAUUUGAGGUUAUACAACUCGUACAAAUUGGCCUUAUUAGCUGUGUGAAAUUCCAAGUUCUUUUUACUACAUUUCUGACUUUGAAAUGAAUAUUAAUACUUUUACGCAAACCCUAAAUAUUCUAGGAGAGAGGUGGCUAGCACCCAAAUUUUUGGCACGCUCAUUUGCGAAGCCCGCAACUGCUGCACUUGGUGGAAAAAAGAAGAAACUUGGAAAGCUCGGUCCGAUUGUAGAAAAGAAAGAAAUUCCAGUUGAAACAGAUGCCAACAAAUUGGUUAACUAUGUUUGCGGCAGCAAUAUCUUAAAAACCGGCCAGGAUAUCAAGCUUAAACCUGAUUCGGAAUAUCCUGACUGGCUUUGGUCACUCAAUGUUGAUCGGAUUAUACCUGUGGAGGAAAUGGAUCCAGAAACGAAACAAUAUUGGCGACGCCUUCGGAAACAAGGUCUCCGACGAAAUAAUCAACUAAGUAAAUUAAAAAAGUUUUAGUCGUAAGUUAAUAACUGGGACAUUUUGUUGUAAAAAGUUGAACCAGAAUUAAAAGUGUUAAGUUAUUUG